AUGGAUAACAGCGUGGAAAAUUUCGAGGAUUUAACCGGGGAUACGGAUCCGGAUCCGGAUGACACCAUGGUCAAUGUAAUCGAGCGAGCGGAAGCUCUCCUAGCAUCGUUGCCCGUGCGGAAAGCAGCGAAGAAACCAGCCGCAAAGAGAAGAGCCACCGGAACCAAAAAAGAACCUUCAGCCGCCAGCAUCAACAUGCCGGGUCCGUCCACCAGAGUGCAACGAAUUCCUUCGGACGAUUCCGACUGCGUUAUUGUCGUUCCUGAUUCGGAGGAAUCGAAACCUCCGACAAAAACGUCCGCUGUUUCAGAGGUGCCAUCGUCAGCGCCGGCGUCUGCUUCCGAGGGCAUUUCCUGUCCCAUAUGCUUCGAUCCCGUCUUCCAGGGACCGGCAGCGUCGACCAUCUGCGGACAUCUUUACUGCCACGAAUGCAUCACCGUGGAGAUCAAAGUGCGCCCGAAAUGUCCGAUGUGUUCGCGACCACUUCAGGAAGCGGACAUUAUUCAACUGUUCCGUAACUGA